AAGACGGCGACUCUUCGGCCCCGCACAGUAAGCACAAGCGCAACGUCGGGAGUUUGAGUGACCCGCGAGGAUGGACGUACACGCGUGCGAUACGGCGUUAAGAUUGUUGUUGUUGGUGUUGUUUGUGCAAGGUUGCACGGGAGAGGUUGUGGGAACUACAUGGAGCGGUGUGUGUGUGUGCUAGUAGAAAUCCAUGCUAGCUGGCACUCCAUGUACAAGAUGAGAUGAAGCCGCGGCACCAGGUGGAGAGGGCAAAUGGCAGCGCUAAACCCGAGAUAUGACAAUCUCCCGCCAGGAACAAAACACGGCUGGCUUGUGCUUGGAUUCGCAGGACGCGGAACAUGGCGACUGGUGUCCACCAAUAGGGAGUUUGUUCGUGUUCUGAAAUACACAGACGCCCAGCGAAACAUCCAAGAUGCCAAUGCUGACUAUACACUACUGCUUAUUAGUAUGUACAUGCCCAUUCCUCGCCUACCGAGUAUUGGCAAAAGAUAGGGAAAAAGGCAAAAUUUGAGGGGCGGGCCCAGAACGACGGCGGGGCCCUUUUGGCUAUACAGCACACAUUCAACCGGUCAUGAGAGCGGGAGAGUGGAAGAAUGGGGGGGGGGAAGAGAGAGAAAGAGGGCGCGCUCGAGAGAGAGAAAACGGAUGGUGGCGCACUUGUGUGGGUCAAUUUCCGAAUGUCACAGUCCACCUAAAGUGGCACUGUGGACGCGCCCCUUAUGCGCGCUAAAUUUUUUUCUUUCCCAUGGAAUGCAACACGUGGUGUAGUAUACGGUGAGGGCGUGGGAUGGGGA